GCGCCAUCUGUCGCCCAAUACUUGUCUCGUUGUUUGUGUCGUCGUUUAAAAGACAUCAAAAUGAAGAAAAAGGUGCUUCUCAUGGGAAAGAGUGGUUCGGGAAAGACGAGUAUGCGGUCCAUCAUAUUCGCCAAUUACAUCGCCAGAGACACGCGAAGACUCGGCGCCACAAUCGAUGUCGAGCACUCUCACGUCCGCUUCUUAGGUAAGUCUCGCUCGUCCUCUUCUGUCGCGGCUCUCAUUCGUCGCUCUUUUCAGGCAAUCUUGUGCUCAAUCUGUGGGACUGCGGCGGACAGGAAGCCUUUAUGGAGAACUACUUCGCCGCUCAGCGCGAGGUUCGUGUCUUUCGACAUUCGGCCACAACUAACACUCUCUCGUCCGCAGAAUAUCUUCCGAAACGUCGAGGUCUUGAUCUAUGUCUUUGACGUCGAGUCGCGCGAACUCGAGAAAGACAUGCAUUACUACCAGUCGUGUCUGGAGGCCAUCCUCCAGUUCUCGCCCGAAACCAAGAUCUUCUGUCUCAUCCAUAAGAUGGAUCUCGUGCAGGAGGACCAGCGCGAACUCAUCUUCAAGGAGCGCGAGACGGACCUGAAGCGGUUGUCGCGGCCGUUGGACUGCACGUGUUUCCGGACCUCGAUUUGGGACGAAACCCUGUACAAGGCGUGGUCAACGAUCGUCUACUCUCUCAUUCCUAAUGUUCACGAAUUGGAGAAACAUUUGCGACAUUUCGCCGAAAUCAUUGACGCCGACGAAGUGCUGCUCUUCGAAAGGGCCACCUUUCUCGUCAUCUCCUACUCGCAGCGCAAACCCCACCGCGACGUCCACCGCUUCGAGAAGGUGUCGAACAUAAUCAAGCAGUUCAAGCUGUCCUGCUCCAAACUCGCCGCUCAGUUCCACUCCAUGGAAGUCAAGAACCAGAACUUCGCCGCUUUCAUCGACGUCUUCACGCCCAACACCUACGUAAUGGUCAUUAUGUCCGACGCAUCCAUUCCUUCGGAGGCGACGAAGAUUAACAUUAGGAACAGUCGAAAGCACUUCGAGAAGUUGGAAGGCGUUCGCAACGCUCAGACAUUUCCGCGAAACUGAUUCUCCAAUAAAUAUCUCUCUAUCGAUAGUAUUCGUGAAAAAAAUAGUUCUCUUUAUUCAAAAAUAUGCGCCCAAUAGACGGGCCGUCAUCUCAAUAAACUGCUUGUGAUUGGCG